GUUAGCUGUGGUUUAUCGUAUAAAAAGUGAAGCGAGCAGCUUGAAGGGGAAGUGUUGAACAUUUGUUAAAAGAUGGUACAACAAGGCAGUAAAAGUGGCGGAAAAAGCGGUCGUCUGCUUAAAGGUGGACACCCUCCCGCUGUGAAGGCUGGAGGCAAGCGAGUAGCCAAGAAAGGCUUGGAAGAGGCCAGCAGCAACCAUGGGACUCCGGAAAAGGAGACCAAGAGGCCUGACAAACCCAGGCCUCUGCCCAGUGCCAACAAGAUGCAACAAGUGGGUCUUCUUCUGGCAGGAACUCUCGACAAGUUGAGUCACGACUUUCCAGAAACGCCUGUGAGCGUAAGGCACAGUGGGGUGCGACCCGCUGUGGAGAAGCCCCACUCUCCUCGAACCUUCUGCAUCCAGCAGCCUAGGAAGUUCUGAAGGAUGCCUUUUAUGCUUUGGAGGAAAAGAAUAUAUUCUCUACAAUUACUAAAAGUCUCACCUUUUUUCUUUCGUGGCUGUUUCAUGGUUUUGUGUGUCAAAUGAGGAUUUUGAUGUUUAAAAUCUAUUUUUGUUUCAACAUCUUUGUAUUACUUGGCGUGUUAAACGUUCAAUAAAAAAAAUGGAUUCUGA